AUGACCAUCUCGAAGUUGCAACAACUUGCAGAAGAUGAUCUAGGUUGCCUUGUCAAGGAGAUAGUGAUCACUGUGCCUUCAUUCUUCACCAAUCUUCAGAGAAAAUCGAUGAUUGAUGCCGAUACUAUAACCGGUCUUGAUGUGCUCCAAAUCCUAAAUGAGGGAUCCGCAUUGGCUAUACACUAUGCGGUAGAGAAACAAGUGUCCAGGAAGAAAAGAAUAUUGAUUUUGGACAUUAGUGCAGAGACAGUUGAUGUAUCUAUUUGUAUGUUGGAGAAAGGACUGUGUGAAGUGGUGGCUACUGUAGGAGAUACAUCUCUAGGAGGUGUGGAUUUUGACAACAAGAUUCUAGAAUAA